GAUUGAAAAAUAAAUUCAUAACCCCUAUACAAAAUCUCCACCAUUUCCCCAAACUGAAUUUCAUUAAAAAAAAAAAAACUGAAGCAAAAUGUCGAGUUUACUCACCCGCAAUCUAAGCAAGCUAUGGACCGGAAUCUCAAAACCCAGCAGCAGCAGCAGCAGCAGCCAUAUCCAUGGUGGUAGUAGGUGGAGGAGGUCGUACUCUAUGAUACCGAUGGUGAUUGAACACUCGUCACGUGGGGAACGAGCUUACGACAUAUUCUCAAGGCUACUGAAAGAGAGAAUCAUAUGUGUGAAUGGAGAAAUUGAUGAUUAUACCGCACACGUUGUUGUUGCUCAGCUGCUUUAUCUUGAAUCUGAAAACCCUUCUAAACCCAUUCAUAUGUACAUCAAUUCCCCUGGUGGUGCUGUUACUGCAGGUCUUGCUAUUUAUGAUACGAUGCAGUAUAUCCGUUCUCCCAUCAAUACUAUAUGUUUGGGUCAGGCUGCCUCAAUGGGUUCUCUUCUACUGGCUGCUGGUGCAAAAGGGGAGCGGAGAUCUCUUCCUAAUGCUACUGUCAUGAUCCAUCAACCCUCAGGUGGAUAUAGGGGGCAGGCUAAGGAUAUAUCUAUUCAUACUAAGCAAAUUGUGCGAGUUUGGGAUUCUCUUAAUGCCUUGUAUUCCAAGCAUACUGGACAGCCUGUUGAUGUAAUUCAGAAGCAUAUGGACCGAGACUACUUUAUGACCCCAGAAGAAGCAAAGGAGUUCGGGAUCAUAGAUGAACUCAUGGAUGAGAGACCACUGACUUUAGUAACUGAUGCUGUGGGAAAUGAUGCAAAGGGGAAACCUUCAGACUAGAAUCUGAAUGUAUUUGGGUAUGGGAUGUGUCUUCUAUUUCCCUCCUCUUGUAGCAAAAGUCGACUGACACCCUGCCGAUUAAUUGUAGAACAAAAGCGAGUUUGACGCAUUUACCUUAUGCCAAUUUGGUCAUUUACAACAGACUUGCGUACUUUUUUUUUUUGCUUUCUCAGUAUGUUAUAAUAUAAAGUUAAGCCUACUUAAUUAGACAAUUUAUUUGCAUAAAGGUAAAUAUUAUGAUUUUAUUACCAUCAAUCCAUCAUUACAUUAUUUCA